AUGAACAGUAUGGAUAUCGACCAAACUAUCAAUAGAAUUAUCAAAUCUCGGACACCGACGGCAGUGUCAGACGUGCAAUCCGAGAUAGAAACCAAUCAUGCAUAUAUAAACCAAGUACAGUUAAAAAAGCUAAUACAGCUGCAUGAUGAAAACCUUCAAGAGAGGUGUCAUAUCCCGCUGAAAAAACUUUAUGAUAAAUACAACGAUAAAAUACUGGGGGAGGGUGAUCUGCAGAACUGGGCAGAGCAUAUUGAGAGAGACUUGAGACUGUUGGAAACUACACUGAAGAUCGUAAAGCAGGAGGGCGAACCCGAAAAUCUAGAUUAA